CAUCAGUCGCGACAUUUAAUUCUUGCCAGUAUUCACUUUCAGAGUUAAUAACUGUGGUCAUAUAUCAUUUUGAGAAUAUAGGAAUUGUUAAACCUGCAAUUCCUCUUUCUGUUCUGUGGGGAACUACAACCCUUACUACAUUGUAUUAUACAACAUCUACUCAUGACAUUUCACAUGAGAUCUAUUUGGUGUCUAGUUUAUUAAUGUUUAUGCUAGAAUGGGCUGCGCCGCGUAAGCAUAUUUUUGUUAAGGAUCAUGACCCAAAAAGAUCAUCUCAAGAGAGUAUAAACUCUGAAACCGCCGUAAACCACCCGAAAUCUGAAUAG